AUGUCUCCUAAGCGUUCCCGCCAGCUUCCCACCCCUUCCCCCACCCCCUCUCCAAGUCCGCACAAGCCCAACACCGGCGGCACCUGGUUCUUACAAUUCGCCCCUUUCACCUACGAUACCACCGCGGGCCUAAAAUCCAACUUCGAGCGCCUCGCCAACACGCGGAACUGGCAUGACAAGCUCCGACAAAAGCGCUGGCACCAAUGCCAAGCCGCAGAAUUCGAUGCUGCCUACGGAAAAGACAUAUCAAAGUUGGAGGCGUGGCAGGCGCUUUGCCGUGAGGUACUUAUUGAGGACGUGCCUGGGAGUAUUACGCAGUGCAAAGCGGUUCUAGGAAGCAGAAAUGUACUGGUUAACUUGGUCAAUCUGAUUGAUCAUCGCAAUAUGGGGACGCCGGUGAUACGGUUUAAGAGUUAUGCGGCGUUUAGGAGUUAUACGACUGGUGGGAGGGUUUUUCCAAAGAAAAAGGCGAAGGAGGAGGGGUUUAUUAAGGCGCUUUUGAGGACGCUUUAG